CCCUGGAGAUGGCGGCAGGCGGGAGCGAUCCUCGCGCGGGCGACGUUGAGGAGGACGCCUCGCAGCUCAUCUUUCCCAAAGAGUUUGAAACAGCUGAGACACUUCUGAAUUCAGAAGUUCAUAUGCUUCUGGAGCAUCGAAAGCAACAGAACGAGAGUGCAGAGGAUGAACAGGAACUCUCAGAGGUCUUUAUGAAAACUUUAAACUACACAGCUCGUUUCAGUCGUUUCAAAAACAGAGAGACCAUUGCCAGUGUCCGUAGCUUACUUCUCCAGAAAAAGCUACAUAAGUUUGAGUUGGCCUGUUUGGCCAACCUUUGCCCAGAGACUGCUGAGGAGUCCAAAGCUCUUAUUCCAAGCCUAGAGGGGCGAUUUGAAGAUGAGGAGCUGCAGCAGAUUCUUGAUGAUAUCCAGACCAAACGCAGUUUUCAAUAUUAAAAUCCAGAUAUCACUUUCUUCCUUGGGGGGAACAGUGUUCCCAGAAAAGUUCCACCUUCCCAGGGGCUAUGUCUACCUUGCCCAGAAAUUAUAUCACAGAAGACAGUUGGGCUUCUUCUGGAGCAGACAACUUAGCUUUCUGUUCAAGUGUGGCUGUGAGACCAUGAGAACCAUGGGAUUUUGCUGUGGCUUUGCAAGUGUCUGUAGGGCAUGCCACUAGCUAGGAAGGUUGCAGCAGGACAAAGUGAAAGCCACACUGUUGACUACCUCAAAUUGUGUUUGUGGACCCCAUGCUGUUUUUUUAAUC